CCCCCCCCCCCCCCCCCCCCCCCCCCCCCCCCCCCCCCCCCCCCCCCCCCCCCCCCCCCCCCUCCCCCCCCCCCCCCCCCCCCUCCCCCCCCCCCCCCCCCCCCCCCCCCCCCUCCCCCCCCCCCCACCCCCCCCCCCCCCCCCCCCCCCCCCCCCCCCCCCCCCCCCCCCCCACCCCCCCCCCCCCCCCCCCCCCCCCCCCCCCCCCCCCCCCCCCCCCCCCCCCCCCCCCCCCCCCCCCCCCCCCCCCCCCCCCCCACCCCCCCCCCCCCCCCCCCCCCCCCCCCCCCCCCCCCCCCCCCCCCCCCCCCCCCCCCCCCCCCCCCCCCACCCCCCCCCCCCCCCCCCCCCCCCCCCCCCCCCCCCCCCCCCCCCCCCCCCCCCCCCCCCCCCCCCCCCCCCCCCCCCCCCCCCCCCCCCCCCCCCCCCCCCCCCCCCCCCCCCCCCCUCCCCCCCCCCCCCCCCCCCCCCCCCCCCCCCCCCCCCCCCCUCCCCCCCCCCCCCCCCCCCCCCCCCCCCCCCCCCCCCCCCCCCCCCCCCCCCCCCCCCCCCCCCCCCCCUCCCCCCCCCCCCCCCCCCCCCCCCCCCCCCCCCCCCCCCCCCCCCCCCCCCCCCCCCCCCCCCCCCCCCCCCCCACCCCCCCCCCCCCCCCCCCCCCCCCCCCCCCCCCCCCCCCCCCCCCCCCCCCCCCCCCCCCCCCCCCCCCCCCCCCCCCCCCCCCCCCCCCCCCCCCCCCCCCCCCCCCCCCCCCCCCCCCCCCCUCCCCCCCCCCCCCCCCCCCCCCCCCCCCCCCCCCCCCCCCCCCCCCCCCCCCCCCCCCCCCCCCCCCCCCCCCCCCCCCCCCCCCCCCCCCCCCCCCCCCCCCCCCCCCCCCCACCCCCCCCCCCCCCCCCCCCCCCCCCCCCCCCCCCCCCCCCCCCCCCCCCCCCCCCCCCCCCCCCCCCCCCCCCCCCCCCCCCACCCCCCCCCCCCCCCCCCCCCCCCCCCCCCCCCCCCCCCCCCCCCCCCCCCCCCCCCCCCACCCCCCCCCCCCCCCCCCCCCCCCCCCCCCCCCCCCCCCCCCCCCCCCCCCCCCCCCCCCCCCCCCCCCCCCCCCCCCACCCCCCCCCCCCGUGUAUGAUAUGUAUAUAUGAAUCGUCAAUCGUCAAUUACUGGAAUUCUUUACUAGCUUACGUCCGUUAA